CAAGUUAUUAUUUGCCUUAAUUUACCAAGAAUUUGAACAUCUUGCCGUGAAACUCCGAAAUCCGGUUCUAAUCUUAUGGAUUGGGGAUUAGUUUUUCGUCACGAAUUUAUUUACACUUCACCGCGUCCGGUGAUCUCAGCACUCUGAGUUGACUUUUGACUUAAAAUCACUGUAAACUCGGCUGCUGUGCGCACGUGCCUUUGCUAACAAUAACCAGAGGCGCGUUCAGUAUUGCGAAGCUUUAUCUGUCAAUAGUUUAGGUUGUUGAACCAAAAAUGAUUUCAGAUAAUCAUGGUCCAAUGUUCUGCACAGGGAUGUCACAAUUCCUCAACCAAAAGAUUUCUUCUGAAGAGAUUCCCAAGGGAUCCGGAGCGCAGGAUACUAUAGACAAGCAAUAUUCUAAAGGAAAAUUGGAAGCCAAAAAACAAUUCAUACAUUGAUGAGGUACAUUCUGGAUCACGUCAACAAUUGCAUUGAAAUGACUUCAAAAGACCGACUUCACAAAUAUAUAUACAUAUAAAUAUAUAAAUAGGGAGAGAGAAAAGUCUGGUUUAAAGAAAGUCAACAAUCUUUGUACGUACAUCAUAUGUAGCAUAAAUGAAGGAGUUGUAAAUAUUCAGAAUCAUAAAUAGAUUAUUUGACUUUCAUCAAUAAACAUGCACCCAAUCUCUGUCACUCUGCAUUGUUAUUCAUUGGGCAUACUAUUCGCAAAUGAAACUGAGCUGAACUUUGAUUCAACUAGCCUAGUUAUUUUCUGCUUGUUUCUCAACCUCAAUGGGCCAAGGGCUGAUCACUUUUGAACUUGUGAUUAUGUUUGCAUAAUUUAGGUUGCAUCCAAUUUGUAUGCUAAUAGGACUAUUGAUUAUUUAUUACAUAGAAAUGCCAACAAGAUGUCUGGCUCUAGUGAACGAAAUGACCAUUCAGAGUUUAGCGUAUUCCUCUCCAAGAUUGCUGUCCAACUUUAAGUUUUUUGCUCAUGGUAUCAUGCUCGCCAUACUAAUCUUGGCAUAUUGCACUCCUGUGUUCAAUGCGAGCUAUUUGUCACGUGAACAGAUGGUGGAAGAAGGAAAGCCUCUGAUGGCUGUAGUUGAUGCAGUUGCUAAGGGAAUCCUGCUUCGUCAUAGUUGCAUGACUUUCAUUGUUGACACAUACUAUCAUCAAAUUUUGAAUCUCAAUUGGAACAAACGGUUCAGCUAUGUAUCAACAUACAUGGUGACUCUUAGAGAAAACGAUGACUUUUUUCCACCAAAACGUCGUCACGAUGAAAUUCUCAGGGCUAGCAGAGCAACUGAUUGCAAUGCCUAUGUAAUAUUGAACACAAACGGACUGCAGGUAUCUCGAUUACUUCAAUACGGAGAAAAGGAACGUCUGAUCAAUACUCGAGGAGACUUUAUAGUACUUCACGAUGAUCGAAUAUUUAAUUCAACAUUAAACUACAUAUGGAAUAGAAUAGUGAACGUGAUUUUCAUUCGUCGUUACAAUUCUGCAAUACAACGUCCUGGAGAGAAGGACCCUCUUGAGUGGUUCGAUUUCAAUACCGUGCCAUUCCCAUAUCCAAGUGAAGGUGAUCUAGAACCACAGUACGUAGAUACUUGGUAUCGUGGCAGGCUGCGAUACAAAAACGAUCUUUAUCCUGAUAAAACUAAAAACCUCUUCUAUCAAUCGCUCAGGGUAGCUAUAUUUCCACACAUUCCAGCGAUUACGGAAUAUGUAAAGCCACUUUUCCAAGAACGCUUAGCAGAUGAUUCAGCUCCAUUUGGUAUAGAGUUUGAGUUAAUGAGAAUCCUUGCUAAGGCAAUGAACUUUCAUCCUUCACUUUACAUUCCGCCUAACUUGGAGAAUGAGAAAUGGGGGGCUGCUGGAGAGAACGAAAGCUAUACCGGUUUGUUUGGGGAAGCAGUCUCUGGCAAGACAGCGUUGUUUCUUGGAGAUCUUUACUACACUGCACAACACUUGGAAUUGUUCGACUUAUCAACCCCAUACAACACCGAAUGUCUCACCUUUCUCACACCUGAGUCAUUGACCGACAAUUCUUGGAAGAUCCUUAUCAUGCCUUUCAAGGCUUACAUGUGGCUUGCUGUCUUGUCUACUCUCUUCUUAGGAGGAUUUAUUCUGUACCGAUUUGCGCACUGUUAUAAAAAAACAAUAAGUUUAUACAAAAAAAAGGCAAUUAUUCAAAAUGAAAAUUCGGUGAAAAUUUUGAAAAAAAAUAGCAGCGCAGACGACUCGGUAGGAAGUGUGUAUUUAUUUACAGAACUGCAAAACAGUAUGCUCUAUACAUAUGGAACUCUACUCUCUGUUUCACUACCACGACUCCCAGAUGCUUGGGCACUCCGUGUAUUCAUAGGAUGGUGGUGGCUUUACAGUAUACUAGUUGCAGUAGCAUAUCGUGCUAGCAUGACCGCUAUACUUGCUAAUCCUUUGAGCAGAGUGACAAUAGAUACUCUAAGUCAAUUGGCAAGCAGCCAAAUUGCUGUUGGCGGCUGGAGUGAGGAAAUGAAAAAUUUUUUUUUGGCCUCAUUAGAUGGAGACUCUCAGAAAAUUGGAAACAAAUUUGAAAUAAUCAAAGACGAUGACCAAGCCAUUGCUCAGGUUGCUGCUGGUAAAUUUGCUUAUUAUGAAAACAAAUAUUUCCUCCGUCAUGCUCGUGCAAAACGACAAAUUGUAGAAGCAGCUCAGAAGUGGAAUGCAACUAGAUACCAUGAGACCAUAAUUGCUGACCGAAACCUACAUAUAAUGUCAGAGUGUGCUAUUCAUAUGCCUAUUUCGUUGGGGCUCGAUAGAAAUUCGCCGCUGAAGCAACGCGUAGAUGUUGUGAUACGACGUGUCACUGAAACCGGUCUAGUGCAAAAAUGGUUGAGUGAUUCAAUGCAGUGGACGGUUAAUGCGGAACGACCCCAGGAAAGCAGUUCUUCAAAGGGAUUAAUAGACCUUCGUAAGCUCUAUGGAGCAUUGGUUGCUCUUUCUGUUGGUUACACAGCUAGCUUUCUUGCACUAGCAGGUGAACUUUUUCACUGGAAAUAUAUUGUUGAACGCGAUCCAAAUUUCGAUAAGUACCAUUUGGAUGUAUACUACAAACAGUAUAAAUAAAUGUAAAUUUCAAUGUUAAAAA